CAUGGGGCCCGGUGAGCGCUGAGAGUCGUGGCCGCAGCCAUCAGCCCUGGAGAUGACCAGGAGCGGCCACUGCUGAGAACUAUGUGGAGAGAGGCUGCGAGCCCUGCUGCAGAGCCUCCGGCUGGGAUAGCCGCCCCCCGUGGGGGCUAUGCGGACAGCGCGGGACAGCCAGGGGAGCGCGCGGGGGCCGCAGCAUGCGGGAACCCGCUAAACCCGGUGGCUGCUGAGGCGGCCGAGAUGCUAGUGCGCGCAGCGCGCCCCACUGCAUCCUCGACCUUCUCUGGCUACAGGGACCGUAAGUGGCGACUAUGGGCAGACUGGGCUAUUGGACCUUGCUGGUGCUGCCGGCCCUUCUGGUCUGGCGCGGUCCGGCGCAGGGUGCGGCGGCGGAGAAGGGUCCCCCGGCGCUGAACAUCGCGGUGCUGCUGGGUCACAGCCACGACGUGACAGAGCGUGAACUGCGAAACCUGUGGGGUCCGGAGCAGGGGGCGGGGCUGCCCCUGGACGUGAACGUGGUAGCGCUGCUGAUGAACCGCACGGACCCCAAGAGCCUCAUCACGCACGUGUGCGACCUCAUGUCCGGGGCGCGCAUCCACGGCCUGGUGUUUGGAGAUGACACUGACCAGGAGGCCGUGGCCCAGAUGCUGGAUUUUAUCUCCUCACAGACUUUCAUCCCCAUCCUGGGCAUUCACGGGGGCGCAUCUAUGAUCAUGGCUGACAAGGAUCCGACGUCUACCUUCUUCCAGUUUGGAGCGUCCAUCCAGCAACAAGCCACGGUCAUGCUGAAGAUCAUGCAGGAUUACGACUGGCACGUCUUCUCCCUUGUGACCACCAUCUUCCCUGGCUACCGGGAAUUCAUCAGCUUCAUCAAGACCACAGUGGACAACAGCUUCGUGGGCUGGGAUAUGCAGAAUGUGAUUACCCUGGAUACCUCCUUCGAGGAUGCAAAGACACAAGUUCAGCUAAAGAAGAUCCACUCUUCUGUCAUCCUGCUCUAUUGUUCCAAAGAUGAGGCUGUCCUCAUUCUGAGCGAGGCCCGCUCCCUUGGCCUCACGGGGUAUGAUUUCUUCUGGAUUGUCCCCAGCUUGGUGUCUGGGAACACAGAGCUCAUCCCCAAAGAGUUUCCAUCAGGACUCAUUUCAGUGUCCUAUGAUGACUGGGACUACAGCCUGGAGGCGAGAGUGAGGGACGGUUUGGGCAUCCUCACCACCGCGGCAGCUUCCAUGCUGGAGAAGUUCUCCUUCAUCCCCGAGGCCAAGGCCAGCUGCUACGGGCAGACGGAGAAGCCAGAGGCCCCACCGCACACCCUUCACCAAUUUAUGGUCAAUGUGACAUGGAAUGGCAAAGAUCUGUCCUUCACCGAGGAAGGCUAUCAAGUCCACCCCCGGCUGGUGGUGAUCGUGCUGAACAAGGACCGAGAAUGGGAGAAGGUGGGCAAGUGGGAGAACCAGACGCUAAGCCUGAGGCACGCAGUGUGGCCCAGGUACAAGUCCUUCUCGGACUGCGAGCCGGACGACAACCACCUGAGCAUCGUCACCCUGGAGGAGGCCCCCUUCGUCAUCGUGGAGGACAUAGACCCACUGACCGAGACGUGUGUGCGGAGCACGGUGCCCUGUCGGAAGUUCGUCAAGAUCAACAAUUCAACCAAUGAAGGAAUGAAUGUGAAAAAAUGUUGCAAGGGAUUCUGCAUUGAUAUCCUCAAGAAGCUUUCCAGAACUGUGAAGUUUACCUAUGACCUUUACCUGGUGACUAAUGGGAAACAUGGCAAGAAAGUGAACAAUGUGUGGAAUGGAAUGAUCGGUGAAGUGGUCUAUCAACGGGCCGUCAUGGCAGUGGGCUCACUCACCAUCAACGAGGAGCGUUCUGAAGUGGUGGACUUCUCUGUGCCCUUCGUGGAGACAGGAAUCAGUGUCAUGGUCUCUAGAAGCAAUGGCACCGUCUCCCCUUCUGCCUUUCUAGAGCCGUUCAGCGCUUCCGUCUGGGUGAUGAUGUUCGUGAUGCUGCUCAUCGUGUCCGCCAUUGCUGUUUUCGUCUUUGAAUACUUCAGUCCCGUGGGUUACAACAGAAACUUAGCCAAAGGGAAAGCGCCCCACGGGCCUUCUUUCACGAUUGGGAAAGCGAUAUGGCUCCUGUGGGGCCUGGUGUUCAACAACUCCGUGCCCGUCCAGAACCCCAAAGGGACCACCAGCAAGAUCAUGGUGUCCGUGUGGGCCUUCUUUGCCGUCAUCUUCCUGGCCAGCUACACGGCCAACCUGGCCGCCUUCAUGAUCCAGGAGGAAUUUGUGGACCAAGUGACCGGCCUCAGUGACAAGAAGUUUCAGAGACCCCACGACUAUUCCCCACCUUUUCGAUUUGGCACCGUGCCUAAUGGAAGCACAGAGAGAAACAUUCGGAAUAACUACCCCUACAUGCAUCAGUACAUGACCAAAUUUAACCAGAAGGGAGUGGAGGACGCCUUGGUCAGCCUGAAAACCGGGAAACUGGACGCCUUCAUCUACGACGCGGCCGUCCUGAACUACAAGGCCGGGAGGGACGAGGGCUGCAAGCUGGUGACCAUUGGGAGCGGCUACAUCUUCGCCACCACUGGCUAUGGGAUCGCCCUCCAGAAGGGUUCCCCUUGGAAGAGGCAGAUUGACCUAGCCCUGCUCCAGUUUGUGGGUGAUGGGGAGAUGGAGGAGCUGGAGACGCUGUGGCUCACGGGCAUCUGCCACAACGAGAAGAAUGAGGUGAUGAGCAGCCAGCUGGACAUCGACAACAUGGCAGGCGUGUUCUACAUGCUGGCGGCCGCCAUGGCGCUCAGCCUCAUCACCUUCAUCUGGGAGCACCUGUUCUACUGGAAGCUGCGCUUCUGCUUCACCGGCGUGUGCUCUGACCGCCCGGGCCUGCUCUUCUCCAUCAGCAGGGGCAUUUACAGCUGCAUCCACGGAGUGCACAUCGAGGACAAGAAGAAGUCUCCCGACUUCAACCUGACUGGAUCGCAGAGCAACAUGCUAAAGCUCCUCCGGUCUGCCAAAAACAUGUCCCACAUGAACUCCUCGAGGAUGGAUUCCCCCAAGCGGGCUGCUGACUUCAUCCAAAGAGGCUCCCUCCUGGUAGACAUGGCUUCUGAUAAGGGCAACUUGAUAUAUGCAGACAACAGGUCCUUCCAAGGGAAAGACAGCAUUUUUGGAGACAACAUGAGUGAACUCCAAACGUUUGUGGCCAAUAGGCACAAGGACAACCUCAACAACUACGUGUUCCAGGGACAGCACCCUCUCACGCUCAACGAGUCCAACCCUAACACCGUGGAGGUGGCCGUGAGCACGGAAUCCAAAGGCAACUCCAGGCCCCGGCAGCUCUGGAAGAAAUCCAUGGAGUCGCUGCGCCAAGACUCACUGACCCAGAACCCCGUCUCCCAAAGGGACGAGGGCACCGUGGAGAAUAGGACCCACUCCCUCAAAAGUCCACGGUACCUUCCCGAGGAGGUGGCUCACUCUGACAUUUCAGAAGCGUCCAGCCGGGCCACGUGCCACAGGGACCCCGGCACCAACAAGAAUCACAAGACCAAGGACAACUUCCGCAGGUCCAUGGCCACCAAGCCCCCCAAGGACAGCAGUGAGGUCGAGCGCUCCUAUGUGAAAACCAAAGCCAGCUCCCCCAGGGACAAGAUCUACACCAUCGAUGGUGAGAAGGAGCCCAGUUUCCACCUGGACCCUCCCCAGUUUGUGGAAAACAUGGCCAUUCCAGAGAACAUGGACUUCCCCGAUGCCUACCAGGAUCCAGGCGAGAACUUCCGCAAGGGGGACUCCUCACUGCCCACCAGCAGGAACCCCCUGCACAAUGAAGACGCGCUCCCCAACAACGACCAGUACAAACUCUACACCAAGCACUUCACCUUGAAAGACAAGAGCUCCCCGCACAGCGAGGGCAGCGACCGCUACCGGCAGAGCUCCACGCACUGCAGGAGCUGCCUGUCCAACCUCCCCACCUACGCAGGCCACUUCACCAUGCGGUCCCCCUUCAAGUGCGACGCCUGCCUGCGGAUGGGGAACCUCUACGACAUCGAUGAAGACCAGAUGCUGCAGGAGACGGGGAACCCCACCUCCCAGGAGGAGGUCUACCAGCAGGACUGGGCCCAGAAUAAUGCCCUCCAGCUCCAGAAGAACAAGCUGCGGAUCAGCCGCCAGCACUCUUACGACAACAUUCUCGACAAACCCAGGGAGACAGACCUCAGCAGGCCCUCCCGGAGCAUCAGCCUCAAGGACAGGGAACGGCUGCUGGAGGGAAAUUUGUACGGGAGUCUCUUUAGUGUCCCCUCAAGCAAACUCUUGGGGAACAAAAGCUCCCUGUUCCCCCAGGGCCUGGAGGACAGCAAGCGGAGCAAGUCCCUCUUGCCAGACCACACGUCCGACAACCCUUUCCUCCACACCUAUGGGGACGACCAUCGCCUGGUCAUCGGGAGGUGCCCCUCGGACCCUUACAAACACUCGUUGCCGUCCCAGGCUGUGAGCGACAGCUACCUGCGGUCGUCCUUGAGGUCCACGGCAUCGUACUGUUCCAGGGACAGUAGAGGCCACAACGACGUGUACAUUUCAGAGCAUGGUAUGCCUUAUGCUGCAAAUAAGAAUAAUAUGUACUCAACCCCCAGGGUUUUAAAUUCCUGCAGCAAUAGACGUGUGUACAAGAAAAUGCCUAGUAUUGAAUCUGAUGUUUAAAACCUUCCACUCAUGUUUGACCUAUAGGGAAACAUACGUCACAGCCACCGUUCCGGAGGGUAAAUGUUGGGUGUCCAGUAGUACCCUGCGAGGAGGAGGAGAACACAGGAAGGUAUUUUUUUUGUUGGUUCUUUUGCACAUGGCUCCAUGCCAUAGUCUUCCACUCAAGGAAUCUUGUGAGGUGUGUGCUGAGCACAGCAGAUACCAGGUAGGUGAAUCCUUAACCAAAAAAAUUUAAAGCAAAACCACCCAUGAGUGAGAGGGCAGGUCUCCUGGACAGGCCCACUGGGUAUGUUGGCAGUAACGAUGCCUCGGAUGCCAAUGGCGAUGGUAUGCUUUCCUAUAUUCCACAUUCCAUUGAGACCAACCCAUCAUGUAACUUCCUCAUCAGAAACGCCUAACGGUUUCUCUACUACAGAAUAAGCAAUAUGGUAUGCAUGUACUCUGACACAGACACGGUAAAGCAGUUAAGAAUGCAUCUGCGCCAUAGUGAGAUUGACAUGUGCAAGAGAAUAGGAGGUUGCGGCUUUGUUGUUAUGCCUUCCAUCACAACCCCGCCCCCCCUGCCCCGCACCCCAGGCUCCCCCCCCAAAGAAUAGCAAAUCGGUGUGUACGCGGUACCUGCGCUACCUUCAUCCUGGUCCAUUCCCAAGACGUAUCUGGAGCAAAAGGCCCAAAGGCCUUCACUCGGAGAGCGGCGAGACUCUCUCCCGACGUCCAUGUGCGUGUUUCACGGACGCUCCCACCCUCGGCCUCGGGGGUCAUGUUCAGAGCUGCGUAAGCGAACACGUGUGUCCUCGGUACCUCAGUGUGGACCUUCUGUCUGUGACACAGCGGCCGUUGUCCUUUAUCCCGAAGACCCCCGUGUACGUAAGUUUGCAUCUCCCCCUUCUGGUGAUGACUCAGGGUUGUAUAGUAUCUGUUACCCCUCCCGUCCCAGAGUAACCAUUAUGUGUGCGGACGUAAACAGCCGUGGCGGCGUCUCGUUACUGUGUGUUGCCGUCCCGAGCGGCUGACGUGGUUUCACGUGCCGGCAGCCCUGUGUGUCCCGUGACCUGUGACAAGUACAAAGCCAUCUGUCUGCUGAAGGCUAGCGUGGGCUUAGGCUUAUCUUCCUUCAUGUCACGAACUGCAGUGGGACGCUUGUCUCCACCCCAGCCCUCUUAAAUCAAAGCCUUCAAAACACAAGAGACACUCAGGCUUCUAUCCUGAGCAUCCUCCAAACUCUGGAUAAACUUUAGUACGACAAGUGGUUUCUCUCUUCUGAAAUAUUCGUUCUAUUAGAGCCAAACGGUUUCACAAGCACCAACAGAAACGCGUGGGAAAUUUCUCAAAGCAUUUGUCAUUUCUGAGUCUCUUGCACUCACCCCUUCUUAUUCAAAUCCAACGCGUGAAUAAUAAGAUAUGAAAUGAUGCUAAAUUUUUAGAAAUCGGGGAGUGGGGGCAAGCUGCCCGGCAAGCUCUCAGCACCCUGCUUAUGCAAAGCAUUCCCCCCCCCCAACAAAGGCAUUUGUUGUGGUGUUUUGUCAACACAAAACUUUCUAAUUUACAAAUUGAAUGUUAUAAAA